GUUCCUCCUGCGCCCAUCCCAGCCGCUGUAGCCGACGAGCUCGAUGCCUUUCGGAAGAUAUUCCUGUCGAAGCCGCCCUUUGUGAGCGGCAUCUAUCCGAUAGACAUGUCUGGCUACCAGCUAUACUACGGAGGCACUCAUAAUCCUAGGUGCAUCGAUCUUGCGAAUGCGUCUAGCGCCGAUCUCCAGGCUCUUUCGGAUGCCUGUCAACCCGCCUCAUUUGGCAUGAACGACACGAACGUUUACGAUGAAAGCUAUCGCAAGGCCAGGAAGAUGGACGCGAGCGACUUCGCCGCCAAGUUCGAUCCCGAGGAUUCGGGCUUGCUUGACUCAAUUUGGCCCGAUUUCCUCUCCGAUGGUGGAGAUACCAGACAGCGCGUCAUCUGCGAGCUGUACAAGCUCAACGUCUAUGGCCAAGACUCUUUCUUCAAGGCGCACAAGGACACACCACGCAGCGACACCAUGUUUGGGUCGCUUGUUGUCGUUUUCCCCACGCCCCACGAGGGCGGCGCCCUCAUCCUCCGUGAGAACGGCAAGGAGUGGACCUACGACUCCGCCGCUGAGGUCCUCGCGGGCGGCUCACCCAAGCUUGGCUACGUCGCCUUCUUUUCCGACGUCGAGCACGAGGUGACGAGGGUGACCGCCGGCUACCGCGUCACCCUCACCUACAACCUCUACUUCAACGCCAAGUCCAGCGAGCCCGUUCCUCCGCACCCUUCGUCUAAAGAGUCGCGCGUUGGAAAGGCGCUCAAGGCGACUCUCACGACGCUUCUGGCGCGCGAGGAUUUUCUGCCUGAGGGCGGUUACCUUGGCUUCGGGCUGCGCUUUGCGUACGCGAUCGACCCCAAGAAGCCCGUGUCGGCUAUCAUGCCAAGUCUCAAGGGCUGCGACGCGAUACUCAAGAUCGUCUGUGAGGAGCUAGGGCUCUCCGUCAACCUCAAGGCGUUAUACGAAAGCCACGCCGGGUAUUGGAGCCAGUGGGAGGACGAGAGGAGGCCCAAGGACAAACCCGUUCUCGUGGCUCGCGAUACCUUCUGGUUAUACGAAUACGAAGGUGGUCAGCUGUGGAUGGAGGAGCAGGCCCCAUACCGCUACCUCAUGGAAAACUAUGCAGAGUUGCCGGAGGGCGUGGAGGAAGAGGAGGAAGAGGAGGAAGGCAUUGUCCUGUUGCGAAAGGCAGGAGCAGCACCGGUCGUCGGUAGAUACGACGAAGUUGUCGAGACAGAGGAGGUUCACUGGAUCACGGAGCUCUCGAAGGACUUCAACGUCGUCAAAACGCCUUUCGUGGCAUACGGAAACGAGGCCCAGAUGAAGUAUCAGUACGGCAUGCCUGUACUACUUGCGCUCGUUGAACCAUUUGUGGCACGCAGCCUAGGACAGUCUAACAGUGCCGUAUCUCAGUAGGGGCACCCUGAAUGGCUGGCUAGUACUAUUAGCACGAGAUUUCAUGUAUGUCACGUAUCUGGGGGACAGAUGUUCUCGCAUUGCUG